CUGGGUUAAAUAGCGAUAAAAUUGAAAAACCAGAGCAAAGACCAUCACAUCUGAGAUCAAAUUCCCCAGUCGAAGCCCUAAAGUUUUCUUUGGAUUUGUUGUAUUUAUCGUUCACAAUGGGAUUAUGGGAAGCUUUUCUCAAUUGGCUACGAAGUCUCUUCUUCAAGCAAGAAAUGGAGCUAUCUUUGAUAGGCCUUCAGAAUGCUGGAAAAACAUCACUUGUAAAUGUUGUUGCAACUGGUGGAUACAGUGAAGAUAUGAUCCCAACGGUAGGAUUUAAUAUGAGGAAGGUAACUAAAGGGAAUGUCACAAUAAAGCUGUGGGACCUUGGAGGUCAACCAAGAUUUCGCAGUAUGUGGGAGAGAUACUGCCGUGCAGUUUCGGCUAUUGUGUAUGUCGUGGAUGCCGCUGAUUAUGAGAAUGUACAUGUCUCAAAAGGUGAACUUCAUGACCUGUUGAGUAAGCCUUCACUUUAUGGCAUUCCCUUGCUGGUACUGGGUAACAAGAUUGACAAACCAGGAGCUUUGUCUAAAGAGGGUCUGACAGAGCAAAUGGGGCUCAAGUCAAUUUCUGAUAGGGAAGUUUGUUGCUUCAUGAUUUCUUGCAAGAACUCUACCAACAUUGAUACAGUUAUUGAUUGGCUUGUGAAGCAUUCUAAAUCAAAGAAUUGAGUCUCAGCUUCUGUUCCUUUCCUGCUGUCAUUCAUCACAACUAGAAGAGAGAUGGAUAUGAAGCUGGUUGAAGUGAUUUCGGCUGUUUUCUCUAACUGGGUUUACUACUGAUCAGUCUGACCAUCCUCUUUCUCUCCUUGGUUUCAGUUACAUUAUUUAGACAACAUCUGGGUUCUGGUGCAGGUUGUCUUGAUGUUGGCAUUUCUUGUAUAUAUUAUGAUUGGUGUGUGUUGUAAUGUAAACAUGCUGCAAAUCUUGUGGUUUUGGAAGGGAUAAUGGCUUUUAUGUAUUCUUUUUUGUUAGGCGGCUUUUUAUGUAUUCAUCUUUGGACGAGUUUCACUUCA